AGCUCGAUUCAUCCUCUUAGUCUUUACCUAAAGCUCGAUUCAUCGUCUAUGUCAGUUAUCAACUCGAUUUCAUCGCCUCCGUCGCAGAUCUGAGCUCCAAUUCAUCCUCUGAUCUCAGUUCGAUUUCAUCCCUUCCGUCGCACAUCUCGGGUUGAUUUAACUUUCUCCGUCGCACAGAUUAGGUCGAUUUGUCCUCCAUUAUUGCUCAGUUCGAUUUCAUUCUAUAUGUUGCAUAGUUCAUAUCAAUUUCAUCUCUACUCAAGUUUUUUCUGAGAUUUAUGUUAUCUUUAUGCGAUUUAGGUUCUCUCAAGUUUUUUUCUAUGAGAUUUAUAACUAGUCUCUCAAGGUUUUCUUUAUGCGAUUGUUUGGGUUCUCGGCAGCGAUAAAGCUAUUCUCGGUGGUGAGGGGGAAGCGUGUUAUUCAGAAUGUUUUAGUAUCUCUCUGGGUUAGAAAUUGUGCGUCUCUACCUGAUUCCUUAGAAUGGUUUUUGUUGUGUAAACUGAUGAUGAUUUCAUGCCCUCCAGGUGUUCGACGAAUUGCCUCAUUAUUGGUUGCUUGUUUCUUGACGUUGUUUGGCGUUCUGUAAGCUGAUUCCUAUUAGAUAUAUCUCAUCUGAUAUUAGUAUUACUAGUUUUAAGAAAAUUUUCAGUAGUUUCCUUUAUAUUGUUCUUUUAGUUCUUUUAGUUUGAGUUCUUUUAGUUCUUUUAGUUUCUUGACAUUGUUUGGCGUUCCGUAAGCUGAUUUCUUUUAUAUUGUUCUUUUAGUUCUUUUAUCUGAUUACGUUUUAGUUCUACUGAUAUUAUAUUGUUCUUUUGGCUUACUAAUGGAUGGAUUCUUUAUUCAGCUUAAGGGGUUAAGUUAAAUUGCAAUUAAGCAAUGGUUAGAGAAUGGGGUUCGAAGCAUGUUGGUGGUAGAGGCGCCGCCUCUGGUCAGAACAAUGCCAUAGAUCAAAUUGAAAGUUACGAAUGUAAAAUUUGUCUAAAGGUGCAUAACAACGAAAGAGACUACUUAUCGCAUCUUCACGCUCAUUUUCAAGAGAAAAAGUUCAGAGAUGAAAUGAAAACAGAGAACACUUCAGAUAAUGAUCUUUAUGAUUCAGAAUUUUCUGAACCUCCUGAUUUAAGUAAAUGGUUUCCGGACUAUGUCUAUGAAUCCCCGAUGUUGGAUACAUGUUAUGGUUUUGAAUUCUCUGACCUUAAAGAAAGUGAAAGUAUAAAGGAUUUGGAAAUUAAGAAAGAGACACCAACAAAAAUCGAUGACUUAGUCUCUUCUAAGAUUGAUGAUAUGACUGACUCGCAAGCUGCAUAUUCAGGUGAGCAAAUAUAUGAUGGAGCUGGACACUUUGAUUGUUGUGUUUCUUUUAUUGAUCUUAUUUCUUAAUCUACUUGUAUGUUUGUGUUGUUGGAGUAACAUAAGUUUGUUCUCUUUUGAUUCUUAAUACUCAUAAUGUUUGUGAUGUUUCUAUUUA